GAAGAGAUCAUUGAACCCAUCAGAACCCGACCCUCCAACCGAACCGACUGAAGGUCGAACCGGGAGCGAUCAGACCGGGAACACCUCUCUGUCUGCGGCAGGACGCUCGCUGUUGGUUCGACGGACAUGGGACCGGAGCUGCCCUGAAAACCGCAGCCGAGCACCGGAGGAGCCGAGGACCGGAGGAGCCGAGCACCGGAGGGAGGGAGCGGGAGGAGGCGACACCAUGGCCCACGUUGGCAACGGAGCGUCCGGGGAGGAGGAGGACAUGUCGUAUGGACCUGGAGACGGCCAUCCAGGAGACUCAGUGUGCUCUGAACCUGGUCCUCAACAACAAGUUCUCUCAAGCCCUGGACCUACUCAAACCAUGGUGGAAGGACAGUAUGUACCAUGCCUUGGGUUACAGCAGCAUCCUGGUGAUGCAGGCGACCAUGACCUUCGAGCAAAGGGACAUCCAGACCGCCAUGGCGGCCAUCAAGGAGGCAUUACAGACCUGCCAGAGGUUCAGAAAGAGGAACUCGAUGGUUGGAUCGUUGUCCAGUCUCAUCAGCAAACAGUCCAACCUGCAGGAAGAGGAGAUGCAUGCAGAGCUCUGCUACGCCGAAUGUCUCCUGCAGAAAGCAACACUAACGUUUAUACAGGAUGAGAACAUGAUCAGUUUUAUAAAAGGUGGCAUCAAGAUUCGAACAAGCUACCAGAUCUACAAGGACUGUCAGAAUGUUCUGAAUAUCCCUCCGGACCAGGCAGGGUGCUCCAAUUCAUUCCAACAGUUUGAGGGCGGAGUCAAGCUGGGAAUCGGCUCUUUUAAUCUGAUGUUGUCUCUUCUUCCUCAGAGGAUUUUAAGGUUGUUGGAGUUUAUUGGAUUCUCAGGAAACAGGAGUUUUGGUUUAUCUCAGCUGAGAGAAGGAGCGUCGAGCCACAAUUUACGUUCGAUUCUCUGUGUUCUGACUUUGCUCUUUUACAACACGUACGUUUCAUUAAUACUGGGAACCGGGGAGGGGAACCUGCUGGAGGCUGAAACUUUGCUGGAGCCGUACCAACAAAAAUACCCCAAAGGUGCCAUUAUUCUCUUCUACUCAGCUCGUAUUGCUACUCUACGAGGAAACUUUGAAAAGGCCCGGACCCGGUACGAGGAGAGCAUCAGCAGCCAGCUGGAGUGGAAGCAGAUCCACCACCUGUGUUACUGGGAGCUGAUGUGGACUCACUCCUUCCAGCAGGAAUGGCAGCAGGCGUACCAGUACGCCGACCUGCUGUGCAAAGAGAGCCGCUGGUCCAAGGCCAUCUACGUGUACCAGAAGGCAGCCAUCCUCAGCAUGAUGUCAGAAGAAGACGUGAAGAAGACCGGGGAGGACCUGGUGGAGCUCUUUAGGCAGGUGGAGGGACUGAAGCAGCGCCUGGCAGGAAAGUCCAUCCCCAUGGAGAAGUUCGCAGUGAGGAAGUCCAGACGCUACAAAGCUGCUAACCCCAUUCCUCUGGUCAUCCCUGCUCUGGAGAUGAUGUACGUUUGGAACGGCUUCACCAUCGUUGGAAAAAGAUCRGACCACACCGAGUCUCUGCUGGUUACCAUAGAGAGAGCUGAGCAGCAGCUGCGCAUGAGAGUCGGAUCAGAUACGAUCAUUACCUGAUCCCCUUCACGCUGUAUGAGUUGGGUUUGCUCUAUAAACAGCAGGGAGACUUCAUCAAGGCCACCUCAUACAUAGAAAAAGCCAAGACCAACUACAAGGACUACUCCAUGGAGUCCAGGCUCCACUUCAGGAUCCACGCAGCCCUCAGCAGCCUGAAAGGAUCUCCUGUCAGCACCCCAUGAUCCUCAGAACCAAGUCCAGUCUAACAGACAUGUGUAGAGUGUCGGGUUCUGACAACACGGGUUUUACCAGAGAUGUAUUUUGUUUGGUAUUUAAUAAUUUUUCUGUUAAUUUAUUCCUUUAGCAGCUUGAACAUAUUCCAGCUAUAAUCUACUUCAGUUUUUAUAAUAAUCCAGAUUUUAACGAAGCAUUUUUAUUCUCUGAAGGAGCUCAGUUUGAAGACUUAGUUCACUUAUAGAUGUUUGUUGCAUCUUUUUAUUUUUGUAUUUAUUUGAAGAAACAAAUCAGCCGAUAAACCAAAAGCAGGAUCCAGUAGGGGUCCAAACUGAUGGAUUGGUUUUAUUUGGGUUUAAUUUUGUGUUAUUUCUCUGCGUGAACAUCCAGUGUGAUAGGAACCACUGCUGGCUUCAAGCUGCAGCAGAUUAUUAUAAAUCUGUAGAAUCAGAAAGACUAAAACAAGCUUUGUUAGAUUUAUCUUAUCAACACUUUGAUUUGUUUGCCUUGAGGAAUUCCUGCAGAUGCAUUACUGUGUGGCGCGUGCACGAGUCCGUGCGCAGUCUGCAGCCUUCUCACCAGUCGUGGCUUAAACAAACACUCAUUCCAAGCUCUCACACACACUCUUUUAUGCACAUUYGAAAGAGAUUACGCAGAUUAAUGGAUAGAAUUGCACAUUUUUUAACAGAAAUAUGGAAAAAGUCGGUUCUGUUAAUCCUUCAGUCCAGGUUGUGAAACCAGGUGGAGUCACUGUUUUUCUCAGAUGCACAGCAGCUUCUGACGCACGCACACACACACACACACACACACACA